GUUAUCUUGCCUUAUCUCAAAAGGGCACGAUUGGAGUCUAUUAGGCAUUUUGUAGGCAUAAAAGUCGAUCGCCAACUCAUCACCGCAUUGGUGGAGAGAUGGAGAAAGGAGACACAUUGUUUCAACUUUCGCGAAGGAGAGUGCACCAUAACACUCAAGGACGUCGCCAUCCUAACUUAUCUGCCCAUCGACGGUAAAGCGGUGUGUGUGAGUGAUCAUCCCCCCGAGGAUCGUGACGGUAUGACCGGUUGGCAGUAUUUCAUCCACAGUGUUUUGGGGGUGAAAGUACCAACCAAGGGGAGCAUUGAUGUGACGGAUCGCUUGCCACCAUUGAGGAAAUGCCAAGUAUUGAUAGACCAAUAA